AUGUCAUAUGGAAAUGCUUCUCUGGAGCCUUACCUGUCAAUACUAUUGAGGAGUAGAGGUCUUACAAUGGAUUGCAUCUGCCUUUGUUGUGGUGAAGAAGAGAAAUCUGUUGAACAUCUUCUCGUCCAUUGCACUAGAGCUAUGCAAGUUUGGAAAGCCUCUCAUGUGGACUGGGACAACCUACACUCCAUUAGCAACAAGUUUAAUACUGGUGGUGGUGGAUCUCUUCUAUUGACCAUUCAGACAUUUCAGAAGCCAAAAUUCAGCUUUCAACCUAUAUACUCUAAAUGCUUUGGAAGGCUCGUAACUUCUAUGGCUUCCUGUGAAGACCAUCCUGCACUCAGCCUUCAAGGAAUGAUUGGAGUUCACCAACACGAAGCUUGUGAUCUAAACUCUUACAGGUUUGAAGGUGACUUGGCU